AUGAGGUUUCUAGUCAACAGUUGGGUUAACCACCAGCCUUGCAACAUGAGCUGCCGUGUGCAAAAGUGUGGUGUUUGUGCGUGCUCAAGUAAAUCAGUCUCUCCCUCUGACAGCGUGCGAGCUGAAGACAAGCACAGAGGCUCCCUCGACUACAGUACGACUGAUGGCAAGAAGAGGAAGUGUGAUGACAAAGACUCGGUGGGACAUUAUGACAGUGAUGGUGAUAAGAGUGAUGAUAACUUGGUCGUGGAUGUUUCAAAUGAGGAUCCAUCGUCUCCACAAGGCAGCCCACCCCACUCGCCCCGUGGAAACGGCCUGGAUAAGUUUCACCUUUUGAGGAAGGAUGCUCCGAGCAGCCCUGCAUCCUUGGCUUCCUCGCGCAGCACGCCGCCCGCCAAAUCCAAAGAGGCCGUCCUGAAUGAGAAGGCCACCACUCCAGUGUCUAAAUCCAUUACCCCGACCCCCCGCAGUGACUCCUUGACCCCUGGCCCAAGCUCUGCAUCCAGACUGCGACAGAUCUCAAGCAAACCUUCCGUGGAUGCACUGGGUAAGAUCUUUGACCCCAUCCGUGACGAAAUGCCAGAUGGAGUUCACACAGGUGACAGUGAAGAGAGAAGGAGGAAUGAUUGUCUGUGUGGAACUAAUGCGUUGCAAAACCGAGACAACUACAUUCGCUCCUGCAAACUUCUCCCUGAUGGUCGUACUCUGAUUGUUGGUGGAGAGGCCAGCACACUUUCCAUCUGGGAUCUGGCUGCGCCAACUCCACGAAUAAAAGCUGAACUGACUUCAUCAGCUCCCGCUUGCUAUGCCCUCGCCAUCAGCCCUGACGCUAAAGUCUGUUUCUCGUGCUGCAGUGAUGGCAACAUCGCCGUAUGGGAUUUGCACAAUCAAACCCUGGUCAGGCAGUUCCAAGGCCACACAGAUGGGGCCAGUUGCAUUGAUAUUUCGAAUGAUGGGACGAAGCUGUGGACUGGUGGUCUCGAUAAUACGGUCAGGUGCUGGGACCUGAGAGAGGGACGUCAGCUACAGCAGCAUGACUUCACAUCCCAGAUUUUCUCCCUGGGGUACUGCCCGACUGGAGAAUGGCUUGCUGUCGGGAUGGAGAGCAGCAACGUCGAGGUUUUACACGUCAACAAGCCAGACAAAUACCAGCUUCACCUCCAUGAGAGCUGUGUACUCUCGCUCAAGUUUGCCUGUUGCGGUAAAUGGUUUGUAAGUACUGGGAAGGACAACCUCCUGAAUGCAUGGAGGACUCCAUAUGGAGCCAGUAUAUUUCAGUCAAAGGAAUCGUCCUCAGUGCUGAGCUGCGACAUUUCUGUGGACGAUAAGUACAUUGUCACCGGCUCUGGUGACAAAAAGGCUACAGUCUACGAAGUGAUUUACUGAGCAGCAACCUCUCAGCCAGCAAGUAAUCUAAAGGGACACCCAGCUGUUAAUGAACAUUGUAUUUAACUCGGGACAAAGUUCAGGACAACAACAGCUACUGCCAAAGCAGACUGCAUUUGUACUGUUCAAGGCUGCAAUAUACUAUAGAGCAAAAACCUUCAGAUAUGUUUAGGCGAAAGCAAAACACGUGGGACGUCUGUCUUGUUUAUACUACAUAGUGAAUUGUAAUUGUGAAAAUGUACAUACUUUUAAAAACAAAAUGGUUUUGCGUUGGCCUGUUUUGCCACAAAAUGAUCAUUCAUGGAUGAAGUCCUUUCUUUUAUACUGUCUUUACCUUCAGGAAGCAGGAUUCCUGCUGAAGAAAGCCUUGUAUUUAAUAUUGAUUGACCACAUCCACCACUGUAUAGGGGACAAAUGCACUGUGUAGAACUACUUUGUGAUUUAAGCAACAGUCUUUAUGUGAAGUGUUGAAUGUUAUUGUCUGAGUAGCAUCUCUAAUUCUAGCAUUGGUUUCUUUUUCUGUUUCAUAAAACUAGUGCCACACACUUGUGCAGGACACUGCUCUACAAGGCAUUACCAAAGGGAGAAAAGUUGCUAUUUAACUCUGCUGUCUCGUACUGUGAUCACUUUUCAUCUCAUUUCCACCUAGUAAUCAUUCACGACUUUCUGACUUAAAAGUGGGAUAAGUGUUGUAGGAAAGACCAUGCUAUGACUGUACCACUAAAACAUACAGUGCAACCAAUGCGAGGUACCCAUUCACGGUGACAUAUUUGUUCUCUCUCAGGCCUCUGCCCACAAUAUCUUAAAUACUAGUACAACCAAGAAUCAGCCAAGCAUCUUUUUCACCUAGUGGAGACAGACUCAGAUAUCAAUCACCCUUGUUACUGUCCAUAUUUAAUAACCAAAAAUAAGGUUGUGGUGUCUGGGCCAUCCCACCCCACCCCCACCACUCACUUCUCACUUUAUAUAAAAUCGGAAUUCUGUAAAUGCCGGUAAGUUAUUUCCUGGAGAAUGCCUUUGUGUUGCAGUACACUGUGCAAGUACAGACAAUAAAGUUUAUUCCGAGAGGCUUGGGAUCAAUGCAUCAUCAGAGUAAGGGGCCCCGUUCUGAACAUGUAAAAUGAGCGUGCGCCUAUGUGAAGCUGCAGGAGGAAGACGAUUGAUGUAGCAUCCUCCCUCGUGUUUGACUCAAAAGAUGUAGGUUAAGGAAAAGUGAACAGAGAGAGACAGAGUGUAUGAUGUACUAUAAUAUAUUGCAGCUUCAAAAAAAAAUUUUUUUUGCACAUGAAUGUGCAUUUCAAGAACAAGUUUCUCUUUUGUACAGGUCUAUGUAAGUGAGUGACUGUAGAACGCCGCUGUAUAGUAAGUAAAAAUACAAAAAAAAAAUCCAUUAAACAUGCACCACUCUGCC